AUGCGGUCCACUACUAUCACUGCUUUCCCUCUCUUCUCUCUUGUACUUGGUGCUGUCAACUGGAGUGCCUUGGAAUCAUGUGUGACUCAAAGUGGCACUGCUUCUGUCAAGACAGUGUCGACAUCAGUGUCUACUACGACUGUUCAACAGCCUGAUAUCCUCGUCAAGCAUACAUUCCACCCUCAACAUCUUGUUACUCCCCGACCUUUCACCAAGACCUGGACUCAUACCUUUCAAGAAACCGAUACUGCUGUAUCUACCGUCGUCGUUCACUUGACGCACACCGAGUUUGUUCCAAACUCGACUAUUGUAAACACCUACACGCAAACAGAAGUUUCUAGCGUGUACACCACGGUGCCAGCUCCUUCGGACUUCCUACCCAUCUCCAAUACAACAAACUCAGCGUACCCCAAUGGACAAUCGCUCAGCUCGUCAGCUUCUACAUCAAAGUCCAGUGCUUUGCAGUCAAGCUCUAUGCCUGCUGCUGCUUCCGGCACUGCUGCUGCCAGAUUCAACAUGACUGCUUCGGCUUCUGGCAAUGAUGGAUCAGGUGCUUCUGCUGGCACUGAUGGUUCUGCCAACCUGGACACAAGAAACCUCAAGAACCUCAAGCAGUUUGCCCAUGCCGUUCACUGCUUGAAGAGUGUCCUUGUUCAAAAGACUGUUGACACCACCACCACUGGCACCACACAAACCAGCACGCUUGCUCAAGCUACAGUGACUGCUACUGUCAGCGCAACAAUCACCGCCAUGGUCCAGCCAAAGUUCGGUCAUGGAAAGACUGUCUACACUACCUCCUACACGACUGUGACCAAGGGCUACAACGUUUAUUCGAACAAGUUUGUGACUGCUCAGGUCACAUCUACCGUUAAGGCGUAUGCUGCAUGCCAAACAAACAACGUGAUUAACGCAUUGGCUCCUCCUUCUGGCAAAGCAAAGUCAAAGACCACUGUUGCAGGAUCUGCCCAGCAAUGCUGCGAGCAAUGUCAGCAAACCAGCAACUGCGUUGGCUCUGCCUUCCAAGCCUUGCUCCCUCUCGGCGGUCGCUGCAUUAUCUACUACGCCGACACUUGCCCGGCCCAGUCCGCAAAUUCCCUGCAGUACACUCUUGCCGCACCCAAGCAGUCUCUGGGAACCUAUGCCCUAAGCAACGGCGUAUGUGGCUACAUGUUCUCAGCUGCUGGACAGGUGAAAGCCCAUGGCCACGGGUGA